GUUCUCACAGUUACAGCAACUGCACGUCUCAUGCACAAUAAUUAAUUAUGUUCUACGCAGGAGAUGGGAUACUCCUUCACGGCUACGCAGGAGCCAGCCCCUUCCCACACAGCACAACUUCGUUCACGCACCGUACCUAUUUCCUACUUGAACAAAUAAUACAAGCACCUGUGAGUACUGAGUGGUAUAUAUAUCACUUAGUUCCACUGAACAAUGCAAACAAAAGCGUCCUCACUACUGCAGGUCGCAAGCAACUCUAAAGAGGGCCUAAUCAAACAUGGCUAUCCCCAGGGCUUCGCUACUUGUCAUCCUUGGUUGUCUCUUCUUCUUUAGCUCUGCCCUCGCAGCUCGAGAGCUGAAUGAUGACUUGUCCAUGGUGGCAAUGCAUGAGAGUUGGAUGGCGCAAUACGGUCGCGUCUACAAGGAUGCUGCCGAGAAAUCAGAAAGGUUUGAGAUAUUCAAGGCUAAUGCUCAAUUCAUCGAGUCCUUCAAUGCUGCAGGCCACAAGUUCUGGCUCAACACCAACCAAUUUGCGGACAUUAGCAAUGAUGAGUUUAGGGCAAUCAAUAUCAACAAGGGGUUUAUUGCAAACAAGAAGGUGAAGGUUCCCAGAACUUUCAGGUACGAGAAUAUGAGCCUUGAUGCACUCCCGGCGACGGUGGACUGGAGGACAAAGGGUGCGGUCACUCCCGUCAAGGAUCAAGGCCAAUGUGGUUGUUGCUGGGCUUUUUCUGCUGUUGCUGCAACAGAGGGCGUUGUUAAGAUAAGUACCGGCACUCUUAUCUCGCUCUCGGAGCAAGAAUUGGUAGAUUGUGAUGUCCACGGUGAGGACCAGGGCUGCGAGGGCGGUCUCAUGGACGACGCAUUCAAGUUCAUUAUCAAGAAUGGAGGUCUCACUAAGGAGUCCAGCUAUCCAUAUUCAGCAGCUGACGGCAAAUGCAAGAGCGGGCCAAGCAGUGCUGCAACAAUUAAAAGCUACGAGGAUGUACCUACCAAUGAUGAGGGUGCCCUCAUGAAGGCAGUGGCAAGCCAACCCGUGUCAGUUGCGGUGGACGGAGGUGACAUGACAUUUCAAUUCUACUCCGGUGGUGUGAUGAUCGGUUCAUGUGGUACUGAUUUGGAUCAUGGGAUUGCAGCCAUCGGUUAUGGUACCACCAGUGAUGGUACAAAGUAUUGGUUGAUGAAGAAUUCUUGGGGCACAUCAUGGGGUGAGAAUGGAUUUUUAAGGAUGGAAAAGGACAUUACUGACAAGAAGGGUAUGUGUGGCCUUGCCAUGGAGCCCUCUUACCCCACAGCUUAAAUAGACCUUUAAAUUCCACAUCUUUAGACACAUACACAAGAUUGAAUAAGUACAUGUAUCAUGUUAUACUAUUGUAUGUCCAUAUGUAUAUGUUUGUACAUAGUUUUAUGCAAAUACAUAUUAUGUAUCUA